AAUUAUGCGGGCUUGUCCGGAGCUGCAGUUUUUUUUUGUGUGUACCUCCGAGAUGAGCUGACCUUGGAUUGUAUUGCUACCGCUGCUGUCGGUGCACCACCCUUAACGGACAGUGUUAGAAGAGCCCGUGUGGAUGUGCCGUUUACAGACCGAGAAAGUCGAGUCGGGACACGGGUGUGUUUGUUAGCGGACUGUGAAACAUGACCAGCAUGAAUACUCCCUGUUUCACCGUGGCUAUGGAUCUAGGCGUCUGCCAGCUGAGAAAUUUCUCCAUAUCUUUUCUGUCGUCGUUAUUGAGCGCAGAGAGCUCACACGUCAAACUCGACAAUGGUUCCUCGGGGGCCAGUGUUGUGGCCAUAGACAACAAGAUUGAACAAGCAAUGGACCUGGUGAAGAGUCACCUGAUGUAUGCCGUGCGUGAGGAGGUGGAGGUCCUGAAGGAGCAGAUCAAGGAGCUGAUCGACCGUAACUCCCAGUUGGAGCAGGAGAAUACCCUGUUGAAGACCCUGGCCAGCCCUGAGCAGAUGGCCCAGUUCCAGGCGCAGGUUCAGACCGGCUCCCCGCCCGCGCCUCCAACAACGGCAACACCGGGACCCCCAAACACCACCCAACUCACCCAGCCCAACUCGCACAGCUCUGGCCCGUCGGCGUAGCAUGGUCUGCACAGACUGACGGACUAACUGAAACGUUUUUCAGUUCUGCUACAGCAGCAGAGCUAAGCCUUGCCUUCUGCAGCAGGAUGCUACGCUGUCAAAACAAGAAUUUGCACAUAUUUAUCUCUCAGAAGGAUGCAGCCAGCGGGACGAGCAGCGCAGUGCUUUACAGCAUGGCGGUGGAGGGGGACAAUUUCGAAAUGCUGUGUGGGGGGCGGUUGGUUUCGGGGGAGGAUUCAAUCAUCAGAACAUUUGCCAAAAAACCCUUGGACAUAUCAAUGAGAACGUCUUACCAAGAAGAAACAAAACUGCUUAUCAGUGGCGAUAAUACCCUUAGCUAUAGAUAAAAAAAAAUCACUGUGCCUGUGUCUGGAUUUUAGUGAUGUCGAUUUUACUGAUUGUGGCGAUGGAAGAGGAUGAGGUAGAGGAUUGUAUUAGCUGUUACCUUUUUGCUGAAUGAUGUAAAUAAAAAGUGGUUCCCUCUCAAGGCUAUAUCCUAAAGUUACAGGCUGAGAUAUUCGAGAGAAAGAUAAAAAGGCCUUCAGAGUGACAAAUGAAGAAUGUGAGCAAUUAUUAAGACAAAGUCCCCAUCUGGAAUGGGGGAGGGGUGCGAGGGUGUUUUGAACAAUACAUGGCAGCAUUGAUGACGUUACUUCAAAUGUGGGUUGCUGGGAUGAACAAACAGUGGUUUCUUAUGGAGGUGAUGAUAUUCUAUUUCAGUAUUUCACUUUCAAGCUCCUCAUUUUGCCCUAGACAAAGCUCAUCAUUGCUGUUCUCUCAACCCUGCAGUGGCAUGUAAUUUAAACCUUAUUCGACAGGGUUGAGACAUUGGGCUUAGCUGCAUUUUCUCUUUUUCCUAAAAGUUUGAUGGGCAGAAGAAGAUGUAUAUUUCUGUAUAGUGUAAGUACCAUGAUGUAAAAUAGGGAGGAGAAGGAGAGAAACAGAGGUUAUCUGGGUCACACAGAUUGAAACGGGUGAGCGAGGAACGUCUGUGUCGUCUAUUUUUAAUGCUGUAUUUUCAAGACUGGGUGGACAGGAGUUUAGGUUAUUUAACUU